UGAGCCGCUGUCAUCUUUAGUUUGCUUUGUCCUCCAGUUAUUGCCAGGCUACCAGCUUCACUCUCCUGCAGACGUUCAUCUUGGUCUUUUCGGUUCUGUCUGCAGACACCGUCCAACAGCAAACAUGGAAGCCGUCAAAAAGAAGAUGCUUAUGCUGAAGUUGGACAAGGAGAAUGCAUUGGAUCGAGCCGAACAAGCUGAGGCGGACAAGAAAGCAGCCGAGGAGAGGAGCAAACAGCAUGAAGAUGAGCUCCUGCAGAUGCAGAAGAAGCUCAAGGGGACGGAGGAUGAGCUGGAUAAAUACUCUGAAGCUCUGAAGGAUGCCCAGGAAAAACUGGAGGUCGCCGACAAAAAGGCUGCUGAUGCGGAGGCAGAAGUGGCUUCCCUGAACAGACGCAUCCAGCUGGUGGAGGAGGAGUUGGACCGGGCUCAGGAGAGACUGGCAACAGCUCUGCAGAAACUGGAGGAAGCUGAGAAGGCGGCCGAUGAGAGCGAGAGAGGCAUGAAGGUGAUUGAAAACAGGGCCCUAAAGGAUGAAGAGAAGAUGGAACUCCAGGAGAUUCAACUGAAAGAGGCCAAACACAUCGCAGAAGAAGCUGAUCGCAAAUACGAGGAGGUGGCUCGUAAGCUGGUGAUUGUAGAAGGAGAGCUGGAGCGGACAGAGGAGAGGGCAGAACUGGCUGAGGCUAAAUGUGCUGAACUGGAGGAGGAGCUGAAGAACGUCACCAACAACCUGAAGUCUUUGGAGGCACAGGCUGAGAAGUACUCUCAAAAAGAGGACAAGUAUGAAGAAGAAAUCAAGAUCCUAACGGACAAGCUGAAAGAGGCUGAGACAAGAGCUGAGUUUGCUGAAAGAUCUGUAGCCAAGCUGGAGAAGACCAUUGAUGAUCUGGAAGAUGAGCUUUAUGCUCAGAAACUCAAAUACAAGGCCAUCAGCGAGGAGCUGGACCACGCUCUCAACGACAUGACCUCCAUCUAAAAAAAAACUAGAACCUGGAUCUUCUUUCUUCUCCCUCCUCAUCCUCACCUCCUGGUGGUUGCUGCUGCUGCUACAACUGCUCUCUAUUCUGAUG